AUGGUAGACAACCUGAUAUGUUUCACAUUCUCGCCAAUAAGCACGUUCACGUACAAAUUAUACGGAAUUUCGAAUAAUAUAUUUCCUCAGGUUUACCUGGUUAUAUAUUCUAUAUUUUCAAUCCCGCUGUCCUUCUUGUUAAGUGAAUGCUCGCUACGAAGCAACGUAGUGUGUAGUUCCCUGCUGCAAUUCAUGGGGUGUUUGUUAAGGUACAUAUACUGGGAGAACUUAACGGUUGUUAUGCUUGGUCAAUUUCUAUCAUCAAUUGGUCAAAUAAUUUUUGUGAAUGCUCCUCCGGAAGUUUCCCUGGUAUGGUUUCCAGAAAAGGAACGAAUCAUAUCUACUAGCGUGUCUAUAAUUUCGAAUGCGUUAGGCACAGCAAUAAUUUAUUUGUAUGUCCCCUUAGUGGUAAUAAAUGAGAAAGACAUACAAGUGCUACUGAGUCACAUUUGUUUGGCUAGCUUUAUCGGCUGUGUGAUGGUAACAUUUUGCUUUGAAAAUAAACCCUCUCCCACGAUUGGUAGUUCUGUGCUAUCCAACGCAGAAUCAUCAUUCGACAUGGAAUUUCAUCCAAAUUUUUACAAGCUUGAAGAAGAUCAAAAAUUUGAUACGUGCUACUUAUGUAUGGACAGUCCAGCAGAAGGGAUAAGCGAAAAUAAAAUCACCAUAUGUUUGAAAGAGUUAAGACGAUUUUUACUGGACCUGAAGGAAGAAAUUGAAAAUAUAUUAACAAAGGAGGAAAUUAUAAAAAUUUUAAUCAUAUUUUGUUAUUCAGAAUGUUUAAUUAGUAGUUUUUCGGCAGAUAUGUCUAUCGUUUUGAGAGAAAAAAUGAUAAGCAAAAAUUACUUCUCCCUAGCUGGAUCAUUAUUCAUAUGUAACACAAUACUCGGAAGUGUACUAGUAUGCUUGAAUGCUAGUAGUGCCCAUUUUAAGCUCCUAAUUCUUAUGUGUGUAUGCAUGAUUAUGUUCGUUUGCGUGUUACUAUAUCUGACUGCACAUCCCAUUGUGAUCAUUCUUACUUUAAGUUUAAUCGGCUUUUGGUCUGGUCCGUUACAGCCAAUAUGUGUUGAAAUGGCGUCCAUAAGAAUUUAUCCCAUCAAUUCCAAUUUAUGUACUGCUCUUCUUCAAGUAAUUUCUUUUUCCGUUAGCGCAAUUUUUAUAUCAUUUUUUUCGUACAUAUCUACCUAUGUCACUACCCCCCUCGUGAUCUUUUUCCUCUCCGUCCUCAUGCUGCUAAUCGGUCUAAAGUUAAAACCGAUUAGUAGUAAGGACAGUAAGAGGCGGGAACCCGCUACUACGAAUAAUAUUUCCUUCUCAUAUAGAAGUGGGCUCAUAAAUAGGAACACAUUAAUCAGGACGAAUAAAUUUGCCGACUUAUCUGUGGACUUAUUUGAUGACUUGUUCCAUGAGCGGGACCUCGAUGACCCCUUGUUUCGGGCAACCCCAGGAGAUGCUGUCCUAGAAAGGGGAAGCAGCAGAGAUUCCGAGAACAUAGUCCAGGAGGGACCUGUGGAGUCAGAAAAUAUCCCCAGCUGUAUAAUGCGCAAAAGGAGCGAACAUCCAGGACCAGAACACCACCACAAAAUCGAACUGGACAAGAAACUCAAUUUGGAUAACCUAAAAAAGGAUCUUUUCUUUUAUAACCAAAAAGUCGAAUCGUCGAGAAGGGGGUCUAAAUCGUUUUCCAAGAACUACUGCGAUGAAUGUAGUGACAAUUUUGACGAAGAGAAAAUGCACUUGCCAAUGUACAACACGUGCUAG